AUGCUGUUCGGCGAAAUCCUGCAGUGCAGCGGCAGCGGCAGCAAUAGCAAUGUCGGCAGCAGCGGCACCGUCUCGCCGGCGUCGUCGACGACGUCGUCGCCGCGUGUUCUCGCGCUUGGCACGUUCGGCGUCGAUCUCGAUUCGAUUAUAGAAGAAUCGCCGAGCUCGCCCCGAUGCAGUUAUCCAUUAUUCUCGCCGCUGCCCCAACCGCCGGCGACCUCGUCGUGCUCGAGAAUCAUUGAAAAUCUCCACAAAAAACGAAAAAGCAUGUUUCGACGGAAUCAGUCAAGCAGUAACCUCGUCGGGGAGAAGCGUCGCACGAUCCGACGUCCAUUGCUUCCAUCGAUCACGCCGAUAUUCGAGGAGAUGAGCAGCAGUGUGGGACACGCGCGGAGCCGCCGUCCGUCGCUUCACACCGACUGGUCGAACGAUCAUCGCAUGAUGAUGGCAGAUAAUCGCAUUCAUAACAUCGAAAUCGAGCCGCCAAUCAACUUUAUAAUUGCGAGUUUCAAAGACAUCGACAACAGCUUAGAAAAAAUUCAUUUCGAAAAUGGAAUGAGACUGUAUGAAGCAUUCGAACCAUCACUUCGUGCCCGUGGUCUCACCAUCAACGAGGUUGAGUUCUUUCUCGAGAAGAGCUCGACUCCGAUUCCCGAGAAUUCCGAAGCUCGAUAUUUGGCCGAGCACAAGAUAUUCGUGAGAGGUGAGCUUUUGGCUAUACCUUUGUUGCUUUGA